AUGAGAACAGCGAUCAUACCAUUGCACACACCUUGUAGAAGAGAUAUUGAAGCAAUCUCGUGCGCUCCUGGUCGUGCUAGUUGGGCUGUAGUCCGCAACACGAAUGUCAGGGAGCAUAUAGAGUACACGCAUACACGAAAAACGCCGAGCGAUACCCUUGAUAUUAAAGAUUGA